AUGAUGCUUGGAGGGACAUGUUUUGCCCUUUAUCAGCUGCCUUUCUUCUACUUUGGGACCCCGGCAGCCCGCACGAAGCUCCCCUUGGUGUCCCUCAGCAGCUCCCCGCGUUUGAUGGUGUACUUCGGGCAGGAGCAGCGCAGCGAGCGAGAUGUUGGGGGGUCGCAGCCUCGGGAGAGACGGGUCUGCUCCCUGCGCUCAGGUUGCAGCGGGCCGCUGGCUCUUGGGGGAUCUUGUGCCCUUAUUGCACGGCCUGCAGCGAGGCGCUUUGCCACGGCCGGCGGGAAUCCCCUGCGCCCAGCUGCUCCUGGCGCUGGAAGCUCUUCUAUGCAGCCCUGUCGGGCCGGACAGCGCUGCAUAGAACCCCGGGGCGAGGAGCCCGUUCAGGAGGGCGCGCAUCAAAGCGCGCUGCGUGUCCCCACCGGGCCCCCGUCCUCCCCACAGCCGCGCCGGGGCAGAGGCAGCGAGGGGAUCCCCCGGGAGAGCCCGCCGGCAGCCUCCUCCCCCCGCGCCGGCUCCAGCGCCCCCUCCUCCUCCUCCUCUCAGGCGGGCGCUUGCCCCAAGCGGGGAGGGGGGGUGAAGAAGAAAGAGUCCCCCGGCGGGCGGGCGCGCUGGCCGGCGAGGCAGAGAGAAGCCAUUCGGCCCUCUGGACGGACGGACGUGCUGCUGGCCGGAGGAGGGCGAUGCCCCAGAGAGGCUAAAUGGCGCCCCGACGGAACCCGCUCGCCGCUUUCCUCGCCCUCCUCGCCCUCCCAGCAUGAGUUUGACUGUACACAGAAAAGAAACUACUUUCUUUCUCUUUCCUUUCCCCUCUUUCUUGUUCUCUCAGGAAUAUGGUGCUUUAGUGAACUGUUUUUUGCGAAAGAGCCUCAGGACGUAACGGUUGCUAGGAAGGAGGCUGUGGUUUUGGACUGCCAGGCACGAGGCGAAGUCCCCAUCACCAUCACGUGGCUCAAAAAUGGGGUGAAGGUGGCUGAAAAUGAACGGAUCUACACUUUGUCUAAUGGCUCUUUGUACAUCAGUGAAGUGGAGAGCAAACGUGGGGAAACGCUGGACGAAGGACACUACCAGUGCUUGGCUCUCAACAAAUAUGGUGCUAUCCUCAGCCAUAAGGCCCACCUUACCUUAGCCACUAUGUCUGCAUUUGAAAUUCAGCCACUUCCAGUGGAGGCGCAUGAAGGGAGCGUGGCUCGCUUUGCAUGCAAAAUCUCUGCCAACCCUCCUGCCAUCAUCACCUGGGAGGUAAAUCGGACAACCUUGCCAAUAGCCAUGGACAGAAUAACUGCAUUGCCGACUGGAGUGCUACAGAUCUAUGGCGUUCAACAGAAGGAUGCUGGGAAUUAUCGCUGUGUUGCCACAACGGUUGCCAACCGGCGCAAAAGUGUCGAGGCAAUGCUCACGGUUGCCCCAGCCUCCAACAUUAAGCUUUUCCACAAGCCAUCCAUCAUAGCUGGUCCUCAGAACAUCACAACUACCCUGCACCAAACUGUCAUCUUUGAAUGCAUUGCCACAGGGAAUCCAAAGCCUAUUGUUUCCUGGAGCCGUUUAGACCAUAAAUCCAUUGACGUUUUCAACACUCGUGUGCUGGGGAAUGGGAAUCUCAUGAUCUCGGAUGUGAAAGUACAGCACUCUGGAGUUUACAUCUGCCGUGCUACAAUUCCUGGCACGCGCAACUUCACCACCGCAAUGGCAACACUUGUUGUGCUAGCUCCCCCUUCAUUUGUGGAGUGGCCGGAAAGCUUGACGAGGCCUCGAGCUGGCACAGCUCGUUUUGCCUGCCAGGCAGAAGGCAUCCCAGCUCCCAGGAUGUCCUGGCUGAAGAACGGGAGGAAGAUCCAUUCCAACGGCAGAAUAAAAAUGUACAACAGCAAACUGGUGAUCAACCAGAUCAUCCCUGAAGAUGACGCCAUCUACCAGUGCAUGGCCGAGAACAGCCAGGGCUCCAUCCUGUCCAGGGCACGAUUGACGGUAGUUCUUUCCGAAGACCGGCCCAGUGCCCCUUGCAAUGUCCACGCAGAAACUAUGUCAAGUUCAGCCAUCCUUCUGGCCUGGGAGAGGCCACUUUACAAUUCAGACAAAGUCAUCGCUUACUCAGUGCACUACAUGAAAGCAGAAGGUUUAAAUAAUGAAGAAUAUCAAGUUGUUAUUGGAAACGACACAACACAUUAUAUUAUUGACGACUUGGAGCCUGCCAGCAACUACACCUUUUACAUAGUGGCCUACAUGCCGAUGGGAGCUAGCCAAAUGUCUGACCACGUGACACAGCACACCCUGGAAGAUAUACCUCUGAGAGCUCCUGAGAUCAGCUUGACAAGUCAAAGCCCCACAGAUAUUCUCAUCUCCUGGCUGCCGAUUCCAGCCAAGUACCGGCGAGGACAGGUCGUCUCGUUCCGCUUGUCAUUUCGACUCAGCACCGAGAGCGUCGUCCAGGUUCUGGAGCUCCCAGGCACAACCUACGAACACCUUUUAGGGGGCCUGAAGCCCGACAGCAUCUAUUUGGUUCGUAUCUCUGCAGCAACUCGGAUUGGCUGGGGAGAGGCCUCCCUGUGGACUUCUCAUCACACGCCGAAAGCCACGAGUGUCAAAGCACCAAAAUCUCCCGAGCUGCGUCUGGAACCCCUGAACUGCACAACGAUCACAGUCAGCUGGCAACAAGAUUUGGAGGACACGGCAGCUGUCCAGGGCUACAAAUUGUACUACAAGGAAGAAGGCCAGCAAGAAAAUGGUCCAAUCCUGCUAGAGGCCAGUGACUUGACACACACCAUCAGUGGCCUGGAUCCCAGAAGGAAGUACCAUGUCAGACUCCUGGCCUAUAACAGUGUGGAAGAAGGCUACCAGGCAGAUCAGACAGUCAGCACUCCUGGAUGUGUCUCUGUCCGUGACCGAAUGGUCCUGCCUCCACCACCACCUCACCACCUUUAUGCCAAAGCAAACACCUCUUCUUCCAUCUACCUGCACUGGGGACGACCUGCAUUCACCUCUGCACAAAUAAUUAACUACACUCUCCGCUGCAACCCUGUAGGGCUACAGAAUGCGUCCCUGGUCCUCUACCUCCAGACCUCAGAAACUCAUAUGAUGGUUCAGGGACUGGAGCCAAGUACUAAGUAUGAGUUUGCAGUUCGGCUACAUGUGGAUCAGCUCUCAAGCCCUUGGAGUCCUGUGGUCUACCACACGACGCUUCCAGAAGCACCAGCUGGUCCUCCGCUGGGAGUGAAGGCGACUCUGAUAGAGGAAGACACAGCCUUGGUUUCCUGGAAGCCACCCGGUGGUCUUGGCACUGUCAUAUCACGUUACACAAUCCUCUAUGCAUCAAGGAAAGCUUGGGUCGCUGGCGAGUGGCAAGUCCUGCACCGGGAAGGAACUAUAACAAUGGCCUUGCUGGAGAACCUGAUGGCAGGAAACAUCUACCUCAUUAAAAUAGCUGCAUCCAAUGAAGUGGGGGAAGGGCCUUUCUCCAACGUGGUGGAACUUGCUGUCCUACCAAAGGAAGCAUCGGAAUCAAACCAAAGACCCAAACGCUUGGAUUCAGCAGACGCUGACACAGCUAAUUCCGGCUAUUACCAGCUGGACCAGAAGUCGAUGACAGGCAUCAUUGCAGGUGUCUGCAUUGCCCUGACGUGCAUCUUGAUCUGCAUCCUCAUCCUGAUCUAUCGCAGCAAAGCCAGGAAAACGUCAGCCCCCAAAAGCAUCCAUCAAGCGUCCCACCAGCACUCUCACAGCAGCAUCUCUUCCAUGGCUGCCAAUGAGGUGGGCAAGAGCAUAGAAGACCUUGCUGAGAAUGAGGAAUCUCUACAGCCGAUGAUGGUCGGAAGCAGUUUCCUGGAUGCCAAGGGUGGUACCAGUCUGGUUAUAAACAGCUAUGGGCCAAUUGCAAAGAAGAGCUCUAAGAAAUGGCUCUUCUUUCAAGACUCUAAGAGAGUGAAGUCAGAAGAGACCCAGAGACGUUUUACAAAAGCAGUGUGUUCGUAUCAGUCGGGCACUGCCGUCCUCAUUGGCAAAGAUGCCUCCCCAGAGCAAAGGCCAAACUACCAGGCUGCGUACAGCAUUGUUGCUGACACAGAGCAUUCAGCAAACAGUGAAGAAAGCCACGAAACUGGCGAUUCUGGAAGGUUCUCUCAUGAGUCCAGCGAAGAACUUCACCUCUCUGCGGGUGUCAGUGCUACUCCAGUGACCCCCAAUUCCUUUGCAGGCAGUGCCCCCGUGUGUCCGCUCCCGAGUGCCUCUGAAGAGCCUCCUGACCAAAGUCCGCCGCCACUUCUCCAGCUGCCGCCUGCAGGACAAAACUGAGCCUGCCAUCAGAGCGGCGUGUGUGUCUGUGUCUGUGUGUCUUUGUGUGUCUGUUCAAAGGACAAUGAACAAAGAGCCAAAGCUUUAAGUGGGAACCCUGAGUGGCCAACAGGCGAUCCCGCAAUUCUGUUGACCAUUUUUGUUUUUUUUUAAAAUGUGUUAAAACUCACGCUUUUUGAAUGUUCAGUGCUCAACAAUGUGAAAGGAAAGUACGGAUUUCUGAGUAGAGCGAAGAAGAGAAGUUUUUAUAUAUCUAUAUAUCUAUAUAUCUAUCACUGGAGCAAAGGUGAUCCCUUUGCUUGAAUAUCUACCUCAGUUUGCCGGGUGGCAUUACCUCAUUUUUUUUUGUGUUGAGAGUUGGUCUCGGCUACAUAACUGACGAUAACUUCCUAGUAGUCCCAUGUAUUUUCCCUCCAUUUUAUGUGUAGGGUGUGAAUGUGUGUGUGUGAUCCAAAGGAGUUGUGUCGGCAGGUGAGCAGGGAUGUUCAGCUGAAGCUCUGGCUUUGAGGAAAAGGCAGGGGGAAGCCUCUCCAUGGGGCAGGAGCAGAGGACCAGGGCCAGACUGGCAUCUGGAAGGAGGGACUCUGACUGCAGCCUUUUCUGCCAAACCCCCUAGAAGGUUGCCUAGGGAGGGAGCCCAGACUCUUAUGACUGCUUCACAAGAGGCCAGGGCCUGUUGAGUUGUUUUGCCUUCAGGGCUGCAGCCCUGGGAGGGGGCCAGUAAAAGCCAGCCCCUGAGCUCCCAAAUACUGAACCGCUUUCCUUUUGAGACUUGAGGGUCACAUCUCCCUCCUCAUUCCCCCAACCUGCCUCAGACAGUGCCUUCUUCUUCUGAUCACAUCCGCUGAGCAUUUUUUGGUCAGGAUAUGCUGUGGUGAAUCGCUCGGGCCCAGCCGUUAUUCCCUAUUCCUUGACUUGCGCCCACCAGGCAGGUAAUGCUAAAAAUGGAGUGUUUCCUCAUGCUUCAGAGCAAUGGUGCCUUUCACUAUAUAGAUAUCUUACGAAAUCACUGUUUUGCCUUAUGCCUUUUUUAGUAUUCAUGAAGUUGCUUCAGAGAACAGAAAGAUGCCUUAAAUGUGCUCUGCAGGUUGUGGGGUGCAAAGGGUCUCAAGUGCUCAGAAACACUUCCCCUAGGUCUGUUUCUGGCCAGUUUUGAGCUCCCCAACCCUGCUCAGGGCUCCUUGCUUCAGAUUCAGAUGCUGUGAUUCCUGCAUUGCAGGGGCUUGGACCAGAUCCCUUCCAAAUCUACAAUUCUAUGAUUCUAUGAAGAGUGCUAGGUCCUUCCACAGGCCAGCUUGAGCUCUGCCAAGGCCUCUCUUAGAGCAAAGGAGCCAGAGACUGAGCUGAACAGCUUCUCAGAAGAGGGGGGGCAUCUGUUUCUGCCACCUCAUACCCACACAACUCCUGUUUUAUACUACCUCCUUUUAAAGUUAUUCUAGUAUUAUUGUUUUCCUGUACUCAGGGCGCAGUUUGUUACUUUUUAAGCUGUCUUGCAGCAAUGUGAGGCAAACUGACAGGGUAUUGUGUAUUAUUUUGUUUUUAAGUUUGGGAGAGAAUGCGAGAGAGUGAAUGAGAAAGUGAGUGAGUGAGUGAGAGAGAGGGCUAUAUUCACCAAAGUUGGGAGCCAGUCAAUAGAGAUCUCCCCCUCCUCUCCCCCAAUCAGAAUUCAUUUCUUUUUCCAAAGAACACAAUACUGGCAAUUAACUUCCCAGGGCAAUCCCUGGUUCUGUUGCGGACAGCAAAAAAAAUGUCCACUUGUGCCAUAUUAAGAUGGGAGUCAGUAUGCAGGUAUGUUUGGGGAAGAGGAGGGGGAACUAACAAGUCUAUCCCCACCUACCCUUUCUCAUUUUUCUUUGGUGAAUUGGCCUAUGUAGAUCUUUAGAAUGCAGGUGUAUGUUUGCUAGCGCUGUACCAGACAAGACCUGUUCACCUUUCACAAUUUUCUUGACGCAAAGGCUUUAAAGAUGAUAAUAAUCUUGUACCAAAGAAUUUUCUGUAGAAAAGAAAAGAAAGCUGCAUAUUUCCCCCCCAAAAAAAUAAUGGUAAUUGAGCUAGUUAAAACUAUAGGUUUGCGUACAUUUUAUUACCUAAGUAGUUACUAACCAAAAGGAGGAGAGAACCAAACGAGAAGGGGCCUCUAUGGACUGUAGGAAUUUAUGGUCCAAAUUAGCUCUACAAUGUUAACUAUCUUUCUUGUUACAAAAGACAGCCUUUAAAGAAAAUUGAAAUAAGACCUUUUCAGCAUAUAAAAUCUCCAAAGACUUCCAAGUGUAAUUUUGUUUUCCUUUUCUUCAGCAACUAAGCUCUUUAACAGUCCAGUAUUAGAUACAUUAUAAUAUUUUUAAAUGUGUUUAUAUAUAAAUAUAUAUAUAUUUACUUGCUGAAGAAAAAGAAACUUUUCUCACCAAAGAUUUUAUUUUUGGUCUCAUUGGACAAAGCUGUGUCGGGCACAGUGGAGAGUGCGCUGCUUGAAGCCAGGAGACAAAGACAUGAAACUCCUGGCAUCCUUGGCGAGCCUCUUAGCAAUGGCUGAUAUGCCAAGGUAACCAUUUUCUUCUCCCAAAGACUUGUUUGCUGUGAAGUACUGACACUUUUUGACCCCUUCCUGAUGCUGUUGGGUGACACCAAUAGAUCCCCCCUCCUCAGCAGUUUCAUGCCAAAGACCCAUCAAGCUCCACGGCCUUUCUGGGAAUAAUCAAGAGGAGCAGGUGCGGCUGUGGGAACCAUAGUAGAUGGUGGCUGCCAUUUUGGGGCCCUUAGCCUGGAAGAUGCUUCGUGAUCUCUCUUGACCUGAGCAUUUUAGACUGUGAUAAGGUUGUGAUAGCUUUCAUGUUACACGAGACUCUGCGAGGCCUUCACAAAGAGCUCUAUGAAAAUCAAAAGUCUGCCUGCAUUCGUGUAGGCAAAUCUUGGCUCAUCUACUAGUUUUACCUCACACAUGUCUUCUACUGGAAUUCUUGUCAGUGGGUUAAUUGCCUCAGUUUCCAAAGAUAUCCAGUUAACUAAAGAGAGUGGCUUUAUCCACAAGGUGAUCUGCCAGUAAAGAAAUAGCUUUUAUUCAAUUACUACUUAGCAGCAAAUGAAGAAAAAAACCAAAGAUAUUUAAGGUUACCUCAGUAUAGAGGCAUGAUGUGUUAGGUAGGUCUCUUUGCCUUUU